CGCCCGCACCGAGCUCCAUCCGGCAUUGACCUAGACAAAUCUCCCCUCCUUUCCCAAGUCAAUUCCCUUCGAAACCAAUUCACAAUGGCGGAAGACGGUCAGGAGCUUGUCACCAAGCCCUUCAAGUUUGUCACUGGCACCGACGCCCGUUUCCCCAACCAGAACCAGACCAAGCACUGCUGGCAAAACUACGUCGACUACCACAAGUGCAUCCUCGCCAAGGGUGAGGACUUUGCGCCCUGCCGCCAGUUCUGGCUCUCUUACCGAUCCCUCUGCCCCUCCGGCUGGUACAACCGAUGGGAUGAGCAGCGCGAGGCCGGAAACUUCCCCGUCAAGCUGGACGCUUAA